GUCCCGAGUGAGACUAUAAAACACGCCCUCUGCUUUCUCGCGCCCGUUUACCUCGAGUACUCACCUCUCCUGCUUACCCCUCCUUCGCCAUGGCCCCCAGUCCGAUGAUCAAGACCGAGGUCGCGUCCGCCGCGGCGACGGCGUCCAAGCCGACUACGAACGGAAAGCAAGCUGCUCGUCUGCGCUUCGAGGAUGUAUUCGAGACCCUGCGGAACGAGAUCAUCGCCGAUUUCGCGUCCAAGGGCAUGCCAGAGGACGCGGUCGAGUGGUACAAGCGCAGCCUCAAUUACAACACCCCCGGCGGCAAGCUCAACCGCGGGCUGUCCGUCGUCGACACCGUCCGUAUACUGAAAGGAUCAGACUUGACGGAGGAGGAGUAUUUCAAGUCGGCGCUGCUGGGAUGGUGUGUCGAGCUGCUGCAAGCGUUCUUCCUGGUGUCUGACGACAUGAUGGACAACUCGGUCACUCGUCGCGGACAGCCAUGCUGGUUCCGUGUCGACGGCGUGAACAUGCUCGCGAUCAACGACUCGUUCAUGCUCGAGUCCGCCAUCUACUUCCUCCUCCGGAAACACUUCCGCCAGGACGCUUGUUACGUCGACCUCCUCGAACUGUUCCACGAUGUAACAUACUUGACGGAGAUGGGCCAACUCCUCGACCUUAUCACCGCCCCCGAAGACCAAGUUGACCUGAGUAAAUUCUCACUAGAGAGACAUCGCCUCAUCGUCGUCUACAAGACCGCGUACUACUCCUUCUACCUGCCCGUCGCGCUCGCGAUGCACAUGUCCGGCAUCCCCGUCUCGCAGGGCUCCUUCAAGCCGUAUGACGCCGCAAAGGACAUCCUCAUCCCGCUCGGCGAGUACUUCCAGGUGCAAGACGACUUCCUCGACUUUGCCGGCACGCCAGAGCAGAUCGGCAAGAUCGGGACGGACAUCCUCGACAACAAGUGCUCAUGGUGCAUUAACACCGCGCUCGCGGUCGCCACGCCCGAGCAGCGUGCGCUGCUCGACGAGAACUACGGGCGCAAGGACUCGGCGAAGGAGCGCAAGGUGAAGGAGAUCUACGAGGAGCUCGACAUGCGCGGGCGGUACGCCAAGUAUGAGGAGGGCGCGUACAAGAAGAUCAUCGGCCUCAUCGAGAGCGUCCCCGAGACGCCCACGGCCGACGGGUCGCCCGUGCUCAAGCGGGAAGUGUUCAAGGCGUUCCUGGACAAGAUCUACAAGCGGACGAAGUGAGGGAGGGGCAAUGUGUAUUCUUGGGAGGGCUGCUUCGGGACAUCUGUACAUAUCUGCAUGCAUCACUAUAGAGUCGGCUCGUCGGGUUAUCCUGCUCUUGGUAGUCUGGAAUAUGUCAUAGUUUUGCUUUAAACGUCGAAGGACUACGAGUCUAGGACACAAGCUCAUUGCGGAAGUAGUUAUUCUCUGAAGAGGUGAAUGCAGACGACAAG